UAAGGAGUGGGUGCCUCAGAAUCAGGCUGAAAUGGGCAUUGUCUGUGCACAAUGUUCCUUUAUUCUGCUGCUGUCCAUAAUAAGGGCUCGUCCACCUCACUUCCUCUUCUGCCCAUUGAGCAGUCAAAGAGCUGAAAGUCCUUAUAAGCCUGUGCACCUGGGCCUGGGCCCUACAGAUAAGGUAGCUGCUAUUGCUAUGGCCCGCAUCAUCGACCUGGUGCCCUGGAACAAUGGCUCCACACAUGUGUAUGCCUCCCCGGCCAUCCUGCUUCCUGUGGAGCGGCAGCGCAACCAGCUGGUGGGCGUGAAGCAGCAGCUCUACCACCCAGCCCUGCCCACCCUGCGCCACAUGGACAGGGACACUGUCAAGGCCUGCCUUCCUGAUGAGCACUGCCAGUCCACCACCUACUGCCGCAAAGAUGAAUUUGACAACGCCCAUUUUACACUCCUUGGGGUCCCCAACAAACCCCUGCAGUGUUUGGACAUCACCGCGACAGGCCAGAAGCUCCGCAACAGGUACCACGAGGGAAAGCUGGCGCCCAUCGCGCCAGGCAUCAACCGAGUGGACUGGCCCUGCUUCACGCGCGCCAUCGAGGACUGGACCCAUUUCGUGUCCUCGGCCGGGGAGUUCAAGCUGCCUUGCCUGAGCAAGCGAGUGGAGGGUCUCAGCGGCUACGCGGUGCGGUACUUGAAGCCGGACGUGACCCAGAGCUGGCGGCAGGAAGCCCUGUGUGGGGCGUGGGAAGGGCGUCCUUGCUCCCCCGACUCACCGCGCCCCUAUCCCUGCUGCCCGCCUCAGUACUGCCUCAACCAGAACCCCAGCCUGGACCGCUACGGACAGAAGCCCCUGCCUUUCGACUCCCUGAACACUUUCCGAAGCUUCGGCUCCAGCUACAGUCGUGUCAACUACCUGACCCCCUGGCAUUAAUCUCUGGAAAGGAGGCUGACUCCCAGGCUGCCGGACGGUGCCACCUCAGGUCCCCUGGCCAGACCGAGGACUUAUGGUGGCACCAGCCACCUCCCCAGGAGUUCAGCCUAACUAGAAAUAAACCUAAUGCUCCCUGAGAGAGACAUGCAAUUGUCUCUGCCUGUGUGUGUUGCAGAGCCUGGGAGAGGGUCAGGGCCACAGGAUGACAGUAUCUUACCCUUGCCUGUCCCUGGCCAACUCCUGGAGGACUGGUGGGGGGUUGGAGAAAAAUGUUUGGUGACCUGGUUUGAGAGUCAGGGUGUGAGCCGCAAGGUCCAGCCAGAAUUGAGGUCCAAGAGCAAGAGAUGUGCUCCGGCCCCUUGCCUGCAGCCCCAUACCCAAGCCCCCUCCAUUUCAGAUCCUGAUUUUGAGCCCUAAGAAGAAAGGGAGGGGGCUAGAAAGCUACUUUAGGUGCCUUUUUGAAGCUGUCAUACUGGUGUGCUCUGGGGGGCUUCCCUGUGCCUGGGGUCCCCCUGAAGGUGUGGGAGCAGGCUGGGGCAAGGGGAGCUGGCCAGGCCUAUGGCCUUGAUUCCUGUGACGCAACAGAAUGUAGAGUCUAAACUUGCAUGAGAUGCAUGAAGCCACUCAGAGAAGAAAGUUCCUGGCUCUCCAAAGCACCACCAAUAAACAUGUCAUCUAAGCAAAAA